AUGCCGUGGCUGCUGUCCUCUCAGCUGGAGCAUCUGUCCUCGUCUCCGUCGGAGCGGCAGUGCGAGCGGACGGCGUUCAGCUUCUACUGCGCCGUGCGGGAGCUGCAGCCGGUGUGGCUGCUGGAGGACACGCGCAGGAUGGACGUGCUCUGCUGGGACGACGGCCGGCCGCGCGCCUUCUCCGCCUCGGAGGCGUUGCUGUACGCCGUGGUGCACGACCAUCAGGACUACGCACGCUUCCUGCUCGGCCGCUACUCGCUGAGCGCGCUCAGUGCGCCUCGCUGCAGCUUCUGCUGCCGGCGCGGCGGCGGGGCGCCGCACCUGAACGUGGCGGUGCGCUACAACCGCGUCUCCAUCCUCGCCAUGAUAGUGGAGGCUCUGAAGGACCACGACUCGGCGGGCGCUCGGCGGGCGUACCUGGACAGCUGCGGCGGCUGCGCUCACGGCGCGGACGCGGGGAAGACGGCGCUGCAGGUGGCGGUGGAGCUGUCGCGGCCCGACUGUCUGCUGCUGCUUCUGGUUCACGGAGCGCGGCCGCACGGCCUCGACGCCGCGCUGCAGAGACUCGACGCCGCCGCUGCAGGGGAGCGGCGGCACGCGCAGCGCUGCCUGGACUUCCUGCUGCUCUUCCUGCCCGAAGCGCCGGCGAUGCGCCACCUGCAGGACGAGACGCCGCGCUGGCAAAGCCUUCUGGGAAAUGAAGUGUUUACCUGGCUGUGCGGUUUGGCCCCGCCCCCUCUGCUGCUGCAGGCUCUCAGGACUUUGGCCCGCUCCGUCCCGGGUCAGAUCUCACACCUGCCCGCUCUCCUCCAGCCGCUCAGCUGGCCCUGACAACCGUCACCAUGACAACAGA